CAAUCAAGGCAUCAGCUUCAGAGCGUGAGCGCGCCUGCGCGUGCACGACAACUUUUCGGUUCUCCUACUUAUCGAGUUGACUACUGCGGGUGGAACUGUUGUCAGAUCACCGGGACGAACAAGAAACAAAAGCGGGAGUAAAAUGUUUAAUUAAAGUAUUUAUUCACCUCUUGGAGUCGUUUGCUUGCUCGAUCAUAUCAGGCUGGUGGACCUUCGAAUUUGGAAAGCCAUCUCCAACCAAUUAGAUGCUUAUCAACCUGACUCUCACCGUGAAGGAAUCUCGUGCCUUUCAUGGAACACUGCCUCCUAUCCCGGACGAUCCAGUGAAAGUCAUGGAUUCAUGCACGGUGGCGGUGCCUGUCCCGGCACCUCCACCGCCACCUCCCCCUCCGCCUCCUCCGCCACCUCCACCCGCCUCCUCAUCGCAUUUCAGCCGGACGGACAGCGCUCGUCGAAGCCGGCUGAGGAAGCUCAACUGGGAGCGUAUCCCCAAAGAGAAGGUAGAGGGGAGGAAGAGCGUGUGGAGUGGUGCAGGCCCGGGAGAGGACGAGUUCCCCAUAGAUCUGCAUUCUCUGGACGAGCUUUUUGGCCAGAAGGACAGUAAGCUCGAGGACAGGAGCAACACUCUGAGACGACGGUCUGGUCUGUUUCGCUGUAGAACUCCUCAGGACAGCCCAGAGGAGAUCUCCCUACUGGACUCUAAACGCAGUAUGAACAUUGGAAUAUUUCUUCGCCAGUUCAAAAUGCCGGCAAAGGAGAUAGUUGAGGAUAUCAGGCACGGAGCCGGGGAUCGUUACGGAGCAGAGAAACUGACGGAGCUCAGCAAGCUGCUCCCUGACAAUGAGGAGGAAUCUCGCCUGAGGAGCUUCAGCGGGGAACGUCGCUGGCUUGGAGAGCCUGAUCUUUUCAUGCUCCUGCUGGUGGAAGUCCCCAGUUUUCGCCUUCGUUUGGAUGCCAUGAUCCUGCAGCAAGAGUUUGACCCAGCUCUGACCUCUCUGUGUGUGGCAGCCAGAUGUCUGAGGGAGGCGGCCAGAGAACUGCUGAGUUGUCCUGAGUUACACUCCAUCCUCCGUUUGGUCCUUAAAGCAGGGAACUACAUGAAUGCUGGUGGAUACUCGGGGAAUGCAGCAGGAUUCCGAAUUUCAUCACUGCUGAAACUAGCUGACACCAAAGCAAACAAACCAGGCAUGAAUCUGCUUCAUUUUGUAGCGAUGGAAGCUGUGAAGAAGGAUCAGAGUUUACUGUCAUUUCCUAGCCAACUGGGCCACGUUGGCUCCGCCUCUAGGUUAUGCGAGGAGUCUGUGUUGGAGGAUUUAUCCAAGUUAAAAAGCCGAGCCCUGGCGCUGAAAGCAAAUGUCCUGACGGAGAGAGAGAUUUUGCAGCAUGCGCAAUCUUUCUUAGAGGUGACAGAGGAACGUCUAAAGGAGGCAGAGGAUGAGGUUGAGGGUAUGAAGAUGUCAAGUCGAGCAUUGGUGGAUUUUUUCUGUGAGGAUGACAGCACAUUUAAACUAGAGGAGGCCUGCAAGGUCUUUGACUUAUUUUGCCAGCGCUUCCAAAAAGCUGUCAAGGAGAAUGCAGAGCGCGAGUCGAAGGAGCAGAAACGUCUGGAACGUCAGAGGGAGAUGGUGGAAAAGCGUCGCUCAGUGGCUGUCUGCACUGGUCUGGACCUGGGCCACAGCCUGGCAAGAGACCGCCACAGUCAGGAGAACCAAGAUGAGCUGGAGAGACUUCUCGAGAAGAACCUGAGCUACACCUGGAGCCGUCGCAGCCUGAGAAGUUCUGACACGCGCAGGCACUCUCACUACCUGCACAGCGACAAGAGUUUCCCGGAGCUGGGCAGCAGCCCGACGGCCGUCAGCUGCUACUCAAACAGCUCGUCCGACCAUGAGACGUCCACUGUGCUUUGUAGCUCCCCAGAAACGGAUGGCUUUUGUUCUCCAGUUGGUCAAGAACGUUUUUUGGAAAGCGACAAGAAUCAGUCAUGCCAAUACAAGGCAAUCAGUCGGUGUAUGGAGGUCGUUCAAGAAUCUCUGGUUGGAUCGUAUUUGCAACAUGGACCCGAGUUCACGGUUGGGCGACACGGGUCCGAGAGCAUUUCUCUUCAAAUGCAGGCAUCGGAAACGAGUGGACGAACAAAAGAGGAUGCGAUGUCGUGUAAGCAGAAGGCCACCAAGAACAGUGAGUUCUCUCGGAAUUCUUCUGCUGUAAACGCAGAUACCCCUUCCCUCUGUGCUAAAAGCCAGAACUCCGGUCAGACACAUAGUUUUGGAAUGCGCCAAGCUGAGAGGAAUAAUUCGCUACAAAAUAAAUUAAACGGUUGUCGAGUUGGUGUCUCUGAACCUCAGUCUGCGCCUAAGAGUGGAAUACUUCAUAGUGACAACCGCGCCACAUCACUGAGAAAUCGGAGAACUGAGAAAGAAUCACCUUUAUCUGUAAAAGCUACAGGUAAAGUGGAGUUGCAGUCGUUAAACGGAGGGAUCAACGCAAGUGCUGCUACGUCGAAGCCUGAGGAGUGUUUGAGGAAGCAGUUAAACACAGAAGGGUUGCUGACACCUGUCGGGGAGAAUUGGAUGCCUCCCAGCCUGCCGGAGUUCAGCCAGUCACACCCUGAGGAAAGUUCGGAUGUGCCUGAGCGGGAGCUCGCGAGGUCGUACUCCCGUGUGGGGGAAACUCUAGAGUGCCACACUCUUGUGAAAGGCCUCCGAUCCUACGACGCACUUUCACCGCCAACAUCCCCCAGCCCGCGACCGGGGCCGAGCCUUUGCUCCAAGUGGAGAAAAGAGAGGGAGGUUGAGCCGCAAACUUCGGCUUCUCCGUCGUUAAAGGAAGAGAGGCGCGCCUUGAAGGUUCCUGUACGUGGUGGCAUCAGGGCUAAGAGAGGACCCGGGUCACGUGCAGAAACUUCCAAUGGUGCAGGUGUUCCGAGAGUACGCCCCAAAACUGAGGCUCCAAAUAGGCCCCCAAUAGCGUCCCCAGAGACCUCACGUUUGUCCAUGCGUUCAUCUCCUGCCUCACUUCAUUCAGAUGUCAAAAGAAGUGGCGGUGCCCGAGAGAGACCGCAGACUGCAAAUGAGCCACGGACUUCUGCAAAGUCUCCCCUCACCCGUAGGACCUCGGAGAGACCGACAACAGAGAAGGUCUCAGGCAAGACCCAGUCGGCAUUCGUCAGAGGAAGUCCUCUCCGCGUGUCAAAACGAGUCGCCCCGAACUCUGAGACUCAGACUACCGCCAAGGGUCUCCCGGCCCACAGUCCAUCUUCUGCCACAGCUAAGACCAUACGUACAGCCGUCAUGUCCGUAGCCCGGAAUAAAAACACUAAAACCACAAACACAGGCACCUGUCCUACCUCGAAAACCCCUUCACAAAUUCCUGGUUCCAAAAUGCUUCGAGCAACUACAACUCAGCCACUGUGGAAGUAAAAAGAAUAUAUUUGAUGCAUUUGUCUCAGUCUAUGCAGAGCUGGUUAUCUCUCUACACGAUCGGUUCCAUGACCUUUGACUUGUGUUUGUCGCUGAUCUAUUUUGAUAUCAAUUGCAACACAUUAAGUGAUGUGUCUCAUGCACAAGUAGAAGAGUAAAUCCUCUUAAGCCCUACCUCGUCUUGCCAUGUGUAUCCUUUGCAGGCAAUAGGAUACAACUCAAUUACCACAAUGUGCCCAAUCAGACCAGUUUGUGCUCUUGUUAAAGUGUACAUUUUCUAUUUUGAACACUGUGAGCUCGGCCUCUGCUGGAAGAAAAUACAUUGUUCUCAUCCCAUCUUGGUACAAACUUUGUAUCCUUCUAUUGUGCACAAACUGAAGAGGCAGGAUGGAGACUCCCCCCCCCCCCCCUAUUUUGUAUCAAAAGAAUACGUAACUUUAUUUAACAGCAUUUGCUGUUCACUGUAUUAUGUGAUAUGUAAAUAGGAUGAAUAAAGAAGGCGAUAUGGACAAA